GCGAUACUGUAUCACUAAAUCUAUAAGAUAAUAAAGUAAAGUCAAGUCGUUAGAUAAGCCAGAAAGAAAUCAGAUUGCAGUAGCAUGACUUUGUAUUUUGUGUGAGAAUGUUAAAAAUGCCUAUACUGGGAACUUACUUCAAUACCAGUCGAAUACUGGACAUCCCCUGCAAAGUCUGCGGGGACUUUUCUUCGGGAAAACACUACAACAUCUUCGCCUGCGACGGAUGUGCCGGUUUCUUCAAGCGCUCUAUCCGAAAAAGCCGGCAGUACGUUUGCAAAGCCAAGGAAGAAGGUUCUUGCAUUAUCGACAAAACCCACAGAAACCAAUGCAGAGCCUGCCGACUAAAGAAAUGCCAAAGUGUCGGAAUGAACAAAGACGCGGUGCAACAUGAACGAGGGCCCAGGAACUCCACUCUGAGGAGACAGCAAAUGUCAAAUUACUACAACGAGAGUAGAGUGCUUGUGUCUCCACCAGCAAACGUCCUCAACCUCACCAUGCCCAAAUACGAGCCAAAUCCGUCCAUUAUUGACCCUCCAGUUCCUUUGUUACCCCCAGCAGGGUUCUUGUGCAAUAACUAUCUGCCGCUUCCGCAGGUCCCGCCGUUGUCUCUGCCUUCCGUUUUCACCCCUCCGAUGCUCAACCCAUCAGCGAUUCGCGAAUCCGCGGCACAACUUCUUUUUAUGAAUGUCCAGUGGGUCAGAACCGCGCCAGAAUUUACGUCGUUACCAAUCUGUGAUCAGCUACUCCUGCUUGAAGAAAGUUGGCUGGAUCUAUUCAUUUUGGGGGCGGCACAAUUUUUGCCGAUGAUCGAUUUUGGAAUUCUGGUGCAAUCUUGUGAGAUUUUCCAACAAGAGCUUCAGAACAGAGAGUUUAUUAGAGAAGUCAAUGACUUUCAAGAUACGCUGAAAAAGAUAACUCAGUUCCAACUGGAUGCGCAAGAAUAUGCCUGUUUGCGCGCUAUCGUCCUUUUCAAAACGUCUUUUGAUAAACCCUCCUCGUCUGAUAACCAUGACAGGACGACGGUAGAGAGUGCAAAAAUUGCGGUUAUUCAGAAUGAUGCCCGGAUGAGAUUAACCAAGCACGUUUCGACUGUGUACCCUAAACAGCCUUUGAGGUUUGGCAGGAUACUACUAUUACUUAGUUCCUCUUUUAGAACUGUUUCUGCAAGGACUAUAGAGGAGUUGUUUUUUAAAAAAGUGAUUAGAGACACGCCGAUUGUUGCAAUUAUUGCAAAUAUGUAUAAAAAUCAGUUUUUGGGAAAUAAUAAUGCGUGACAUUUAAUCUUUGUUUUGUAACUUUAAGUUCUGCAAUAUUUCUAGGUUUAGUGAACGCACUGUGAUGUAUAUAGUUAAGUAGGGUUAGAACAAGAGAUUGCGCUCUGAGUUUUCGUUUUGUAUAUAGAAUAAAAAUCUCUCUAAUGCUUUAUUAUUUACGUAAAAAAAUGUCAAAAAUAUUUUCUAUGUAGAUAACACCUGACAUUAAAUAUUUACAUAUUUUGAAUCAAA